AAGUAGCAAAAUAGCAGUGGUUACUAUGGACGUAUCAGCGAUGAGUGAACAGAUCCAGGCAGAAGUACAAGUUAAACAGUUUCGAGAUUUCCUUGUACAAUACAACAAGCUUAGUGAAAACUGUUUUAAUGAUUGUGUUUGGGACUUCACAUCUCGAAAUGUUCGAAAUAGUGAGGAAAAUUGUGUUCAAAAUUGUGUUGAAAAAUAUACGAAGGUAACACAGCGUAUCUCAGAGAGGUUCCAAGAACUGCAGAUGUUAAUGAAUGAAAAUGCAUUAGCAGCAACACAAAAACUGGGAAAGCUGCCUGGUGCAUAGGUUCAGUUAUAUAAUAGAAAUUAAUAUUCAUUUGACUUGUUUUCAAACUUUUAUAUAAAUUGUAUAUUGUUUCUUACUAUUAAUGUAUAAAGUUUUACAAAUGCCACAUGAUGUAAUAUUACAGUAAAAUUAAUGUAAAAAGUACAAUUAGUAUUGUUGGAGUUGGUAGACAUGUAUAGAUGAAGUUAAAAUUUAAGCUGUACAGUAUCUGAGUAAAGUAUUCAUUAACACUAAAACAGAGAGGGUGUAACACAAAAAAAACUCAGCUUAUAAUGCCAUGUAGCAAAGAAUGAUUUUCAGAUACCCUGUAAAAAAAAAUGUUGGGCCAAAUAUUGAAAUGGGACUAAUGUUAAGCAGUAUAAGUAUAUUUAGAGGAUGGUAUUAAAUGUUCCUGUUUUUCAUAAAAAUCUUUCAUGAAAUGAUAUACAUUAUAAAUAUUUUAGGGAUGUAAGAAUCAAGUUACUACUAUUGUUUGAUAUGCAGAUGAAAAUGCAUAAAUAAUUUUGUAUCUUAAUUAUUAAUACAUUAAUAAUACAGUAAGGUGCUGACUUAUGACGUUUUGCAUUUUUGAUAACUGUUCACAUGUCAAAUGUUCAGAACUUAGAAUCUAUUUUUACCAUAGACAGCCAUGUUAUAAUCAGAGAUGCAUUCCUGACCCUUAAUAUUAUAUGUUUAGUUUUAUUUUUUGUAUUAGCUAAGAAGACAUUUACAGAUACCUGUGGUACUAAACAUUGAAUGCCUCACUGAAUAUGCCCAGUACAGGGAAGCAGCUAGAUUACUUCAUACUCUAACCAAAUAAAGUAUGGGGUAACCUCAGUUUUUGUGAUUAAUUAGUUCCAGAAAAUCCUGACGAAAACUGAAACAAUAUUUCCUACAAAUACAUAAUGUAAAUCCAAUUAAUCCAUUCCAGACACGCAAAAAUAUUAAAAAAAAAAAUACAUUUUAUAAAGAAUAACUUUAGUUUUACAUACAGAAAAUGAUGAGAAAUAUAAAUGACUAAUGAAUUGGAUAAAUGAACAUUUAAUAUCACUUUU